UCACUCCCUCUCUCUCUCUCUCUCUCUCUCUCUCUCUGCUGGGUCAGGAUGGAAAGGCUUACACAGGCAGGGGAGGAAACAUGUCAUGAGAGGUGAUGACACAGCCACGGAGACAUAUCCACAUCCUCACUGACUCCCAAGUUCGCUGCAUGCCACCACUGCCGUCGCUUCUGCUGCUGGUAGCGCGUCCCACAGAGGAGAGAGAGAGCCAAAGAUAGCCGCCACUCUCUCCCCACCUCUCUCUCUUCCUCUCUUUUUCACUUUAUUUGUGGAUGAUGGGAUUUUAAUCAUGUGGAAGACAGCUGAGCGGCUCUUCUGGAUUUCGCUGACACUGCGCCUGGUCCCGCCUGGCCUCCUCUGAGCAGGAUGGACACUCUGGAGUCAGAGCUGACCUGCCCAAUUUGCCUGGAGCUCUUUGAAGACCCGCUGCUGCUCCCCUGCGCUCACAGCCUGUGCUUCGGCUGCGCCCAUCGCAUCCUCAUCUCCCACUGUGCCACCAACGAAUCUGUUCAGAGCAUCGGCGCCUUCCAGUGCCCCACUUGUAGAUAUGUCAUUUCCCUGAGUCCGGAGCGUGGACUCGAAGGACUUAAGAGAAACGUGACCUUGCAGAACAUUAUUGAUAGAGUUCAGCGGGCCUCGUCGUCAGCUGGGGUCCCUCUACCGCUGCCUGCACCCCACAGCGGGCCCAACUCUCCCGGCGAGGAAGGGAGCAACCGGUUGGCGCUGGUCCCAGUCAGCGCCGCCAUGUCCAGCCCAGGCACGCCUCCUGAACCGGUCCAGUGUCAGUUCUGUGAGCAGGACCCGCCACAGGAUGCGGUGAAGACGUGUGUGACGUGCGAGGUGUCGUACUGCGAGGAGUGCCUCCGAGCGACGCACCCAAACAAGAAGCCGUUCACCGGCCACCGGCUCAUCGAGCCCAUGCCAGACUCCCACCUCAGGGGGCUCCAGUGUCUGGAGCACGACGAGGAGAAGGUGAACAUGUACUGUGUCACUGAUGACCAGCUGAUCUGCUCACUGUGCAAACUGGUCGGAAGGCACAGAGACCACCAGGUGGCAGCACUGAGCGACCGCUACGAAAAACUCAAGCAAGCCCUGGACUCCAACCUGAGUAAUUUGAUCAAGAGGAACAACGAGCUGGAGUCUCUUAUGGGGAAACUGAUCCAGACUUGUCAACAUGUAGAGGUGAAUGCGUCCCGUCAGGAGGGCAAGCUCCUGGAGGAGUGUGAUAUCCUGAUUGACAUUAUUCAGCAGAGGCGGCAGAUCAUUGGCAACAAGAUCAAGGAGGGGAAGGCACAAAGGAUUCGAAAGCUUGCCCAACAGAUCUCCAACUGCAAGCAAUGCAUCGAGAGGUCCUCCGCCCUCAUCACGCAAGCCGAUCAGACACUGAAGGAAACAGAUCACGCUCGCUUUUUACAGACUGCCAAAUGCAUCAACGAGAGGGUUUCCAUGGCAACUGCAUCAACUCAAGUGCUGAUCCCCGAGAUACAUCUAGCGGACACCUUCGACACUGUUGCCCUGGACUUCACCAGAGAGAAGAAGUUGCUGGAGAACCUGGAUUACCUUACUGCUCCGAGUGCUCCGUCUAUGAGGGAAGAGUUGUGCACGGCUUCCUACGACACCAUCUCUGUCCACUGGACGUCUGAUGAUGAGUUCACAGUGGUUUCCUAUGAGCUACAGUAUGCUAUCUUCACCGGACAGUCAAACAUUGCUAGUCUGUGUAACUCAUUGGAGAGCUGGAUGAUUGUACCUAACAUCAAGCAGAACCACUACACGGUGCACGGUCUGCAGAGCGGCACCAAGUAUAUUUUUGUUGUCAAGGCCAUUAACCAAGCGGGAAGCAGGAGCAGCGAACCGGGGACUCUGAAGACCAACAGCCAACCGUUCAAGCUGGAUCCGAAAUCUGCCCACAAGAAGCUCAAGGUGUCCCACGACAACCUGACAGUGGAGCGGGACGAAACCACGUCCAAGAAAGGCCACAGCCAGGAGCGUUUCUGCAGCCAGAACAGUUACGGCGUGGUGGGGAAUGUCUACAUCGACAGUGGCCGUCACUACUGGGAGGCUUUAAUUGGAGGGAGCACAUGGUACGCUGUGGGCAUAGCCUACAAAUCUGCCCCCAAGCACGAGUGGAUCGGAAAGAACUCGGCCUCCUGGGUGCUCUGCCGCUGCAACAACUCCUGGGUGGUUCGCCACAACAGCAAGGAGCUGGCCAUCGAGCCCUCGCCCCACCUGCGACGCGUCGGAGUCCUGUUAGACUACGACGCCGGUUUCGUGACCUUCUACGACGCCGUGGGCUCGCAGCACCUGCACACCUUCCAUGUGUCCUUCGUCCAGCCCGUGUGUCCCGUGUUCAACGUGUGGAAUAAGUGUCUGACGAUUCUCACCGGUCUACCCAUCCCUGACCACCUAGAGGGACUGGAGACUGACAACUGAAAACUACGGACAGACGAGAACAACUAGGCAUGAGCUGGUCUUAAUUAUCUUAAAGCUGCACUGGGUAAGCUUUGUGAAGACGAUCCUAUUUGGAUAGAGAAAAAAAUAGUUUCCCCAUCCGUUUCAAUGGUAAAUUAAAUAAAAAAAUAAAAAGAUAAAAAAGCGCAUGUGAUUGACCCAAUGACAUCACUUAAUCAAUCCAACCAAAUGAGACAUUACCAUUAGUGCAAAAUUACGUAGUGCAGCUUUAAUAUGCAAAGAAAAAAAAGACGAGAUGCCUGAAGUGUUAUCUCAUCCAGCUUCUCAAAAGUGAUUCUGAGUUGUUUACCAUCAUUUCUUAUAGCAAAUUAUGGCACUGGCUCAUGCCAUGUUCAGGACUCCUAGUUAAAAACUAGGAAAAACAAAGACAAAUGGAUAUAGUGGAGCCAGAAACUCCUUCUGUAAAGCACUUUGGGCCAUGAUGGGUGCAUUUGUACCAUGGCAACUAGGAAAAAAGCCACAAAUCAAUUUCUAUUUUUUUCUAUUUUAAACCACCUUAUCAGAUACAGCACUUCCCUGAAAGUACACACACUGACACUUCAUACACACGCAAAAACUUUAAAUCAAUCAUGGUUGCUCAGUAGAGCAGAAUAACAGUUGUAUAUUUUGUAAAUUCAUGGCAUACCUCCCCUUAUCUUUCCCUUGUUCAUUAAAAAGAACCAAAGUAGCUACUGAUGUCUGUUCAGAUGUCUUAACAUAAGUUAAUAAAUGCUUAGUUAUUUUUAAAAAGUGACAGAGAAGAAAUAUAGUUAUGCCAAUAUUAAUUGCAGGAUUCCCUUAAAUGUAAACUUUGUUUUUGCACAUUGAUCAUACUUUAUUCAUGCUUUUGUAGCCUUUCAUUUUGGUGCACUUAACAUGCAUUCAUAUUGGGAAAGUGCUGAUUGACUUGCGUUAAAUUGUGUUAAUUUGCUUUUUUUGUGGCAGCCGGACCUGUCCUGCCAUUAGGAUGUCAUGUGAUACAUAAUGUGUGAGAUGUGUUACAGGUGUAGCCCCAGGUUAUUGUUGGAGCUAAGUGGUAAAAUGCAUAUUUGGGUGUGAUUUAUUUCCCCUCACUUGUCUAUACAACAACACAUGGCUGUUCAGUAAGACUUCUUGGUGCUGGUGUGCCUAUACUCCAGCACCAUUCCUUUGCUUUUAACAAAGCGCGUCUUCCCAAAAUAUUCAAGCGUACACGUCGUGUUUACACUGAGUGAGGUCUUAUUUUUGCAAAUCUUCAUGCAUCAUGUUGUUCAGAAAGGUUGACUAACACCACCGUUCACUUUAUUGACAUAGCCAUGCACAGUGGGCUGUCCUCAGACUUGUUGCACAUUGAUGAUGUCAGUAGGGUACACAUAACUUUUCACUCAUUGACUUGACAUUUUAAAAAAAGAA